AGGCCACGUGUUGCUGUUAUAGAAAUAGGAACUAUUAUGAUUGUAUGUGAUUUUCCGUAUCACAAGACUGUGUGAAACGGACACAUGGUACACACGAACAUAAUUUAAUUGCAAUACUGGUACUGUAAAGAUCAUCAGAACAGUCGUUGUCGAGUGCUAUUUUGUUACUACACAACAUCACUAUGAUUUUUCAUCUCGUGCUCCUAUGUUGGGGAACAACCGUUACAUAUGCACAGAACUAUGUAAACAACUUCGACCAAGAGUUUUCCUUCACGUGUGACCAUCCUUAUCAGACGAUAAGUCACGUUGAAAGUAUUCAUGACAACGGUGCAGAAGACCGCCGUUUUGCAUUUGGUUGUCGGGAUGUUCUACCAGACCAGAAAGGCUCGAGGCCACAAUGCUAUUGGUCAGGUUUCGAAAACCAGUACGACCUUCCUGUAGUUUUCCAGUGUCCCAGGAACAAUUACAUCAACGGCAUGGGUAGUGUCCAUGACAAUGGAGCAGAAGACAGGAUCUGGAAGUUCUAUUGUUGUCAACUACCUGAUAUCCACAUGUUCGACUGCAGUUUUACUGACUGGACGAACGUAUUUGACGGAGCCCAGAACUUCAACAGUCCGGACGGUCUGGUCAUGAAAGGGAUGGACUCGUAUCACGACAACAAUUUUGAAGACCGAAGGUUCAAGUACGAGCUUUGCACGCCUUAUGUGAUGGACGGACUAAUCGUCGUUGGAUAGUGACAAUAUACAGUUGUUAAUUGAUUGUAUCCUCUUUAUUUGAUCGCCAAAUAUACUAUGUACAAUUGUUGUUAUUA